UAUGUCAUGCGAUAGAAGUGAUAUAUGAACUAUUUAACACUACAUCAAAGUUAAUCAUAUCAAAUUCUACUUUCGAUUUCAAGAAUUUUGGAUUCCUACUUUCUAUUUCAAAAGAUCGUUGCAACGGGAAGGAAAUACACAUUAAUGGUGUUGCACACUAUAAGGUGAAUAACGAUGGAGGUUUCCGGGAGGAAACUCCAAGCAGAUGCAUCCAUUGUGGACAUGACCUACUGCCAGCCCUGCUCUAAGGAUGGGGAGAACGUACCUCCGGAGUCUUACUGUAUUGUCUGCGAGGAGUUUAUGUGCUCGAACUGCACCAGACUCCAUAAAAAUCAGAAAAUAUCAAGUUCUCAUGCUCUCCUUGGCAAGGGUAGCAUGCCCACAUCAAUGCCAUUACAGUCAAUGAAGCAGGAUAGCACUGAGCCUUGUGAAAUUCAUUCCCAAGAAGUUAUAAAAUACUUUUGUCCAACCCACAAGACACUCAUCUGUGGACACUGUCUCGCAACAGAUCAUCGGUCGUGUCAUGUUGACAUUAUAUCUGAAAUAACGGACACUUUUAAAGAUCGAGAAUAUGGACAUAUCAAAAAUACAAUUGCGGAGUUACUAAACAAUACCAAUAUUUGCCAAUCGAAUAUAGAACGCAGCAUACUGUUUGUUACAAAACUAGGUGAAGAGGAGAUAGCGAAGGUGAGGAAAUAUCGUAUUCAGAUAAACGAAUAUUUCGAACAAAGAGAAAAAUAUCUUUUGAAAACCAUACAGAAUAUGAAGGAAAUUGAUGAAACACUUCUAGACUCGUUGAACCCAAAAUGCGAGUCUUUAAAGUCCAAAGUAUUGGAAGUGAAGUCGAAACUUGAGGCUCAGGAAAACAACACAAUCCAAUUAUUCAUAGAAGCAAAGAGGGCGCAGAAAAUAAUGGAUGGUAUGCAGACAGCAUUGGCUGACAUCAUUAAGGAGAAUGCUGUCAACAAAUAUCAAUUUCGAAAAGACCCCUCUACUGAGAGGCUAAUGACAACCAACAAUGGACUUGGCACUAUUGAGGAAAAGGGGUCUGUUGAAAAGCAAACUUUGGUCGCAAAAAGAGGCAAUCUUGAGAGAAGAACUCAAUUUCCAGGUCCCAUUACGAUAGAUGUGAGUGAGAAUAAAUGCAUCUUUAUCAACACAUCACAGACGGCCCAAGCAGCUCUGGGCGCAGAGAUGAAAAAGUGUUUUGCCACAUUUAACUUGUGUGAGGACAAACGGUCAGUAGAACUUGCAUGCACAUUGACGUCUGAUAUUGAAAACUACGCAGCAUUGACGUUCAAUUGGAAGGGUCGGGCAGUACAAACAUUACAACAUUUUAUGGACAAUAUAUCUGAACAAGAUAUUACCGUUAAAAAAGACCUUUGGAAGACGGUCAAGCUGAAACUCUCAAAGCUUUAUGUAGACCAACCUGAUAAUUGUGCCAUCUAUUUGUCAAAACGAAAACUGAAUAUAAAAGUUGUUGGCAUGAAACAUGUUGCUGAUCAGCUCGUUAGUAAAAUUGAGGCCAUGAUAAUGGAUGUGACAUUUUUAGAAAGUUGGCAAAAGGACUGUUCUUAUUAAUAAAUUCGGAAAUGGAAAAUGGAAGGAGCUUUUCCUGAAUAAAAAUGUAAUAUAAAUCAUUGAAAUGGAACGUGAUAAUUGUGCUAGUAAAUACGUAUGUUUUCAUUUACAUAAACAAAAAUACCAUAUAUGCAACAGAAUCUAUCUGUUUACGAACCAAUGCUAGCUAAAAACAAAUGGUGAUAGUGCAAAACUAGUGAUGUUGUCCAUAAGCUGAACACAAACUGGUUAUGGUGCGUAUGUAAGCUGAACACAAACUGGCUAUGGUGUAUGUAAGCUGAACACAAACUGGUAAUGGUGUAUGUAAGUUGAUCACAAACUGGUUAUGGUGUAUGUAAGCUGAAAGCAAACUGGUUAUGGUUAAUGUAAGCUGAAAGCAAACUGGCUAUGGUGUAUGUAAACUGAAAGCAAACUGGUUAUGGUGUAUGUAAGCUGAACACAAACUGGUUAUGGUGCGUAUGUAAGCUGAACACAAACUGUUUAUGAUGUAUGUAAGCUGAACACAAACUGGUUAUGGUGUAUGUAAGCUGAAAGCAAACUGGUUAUGGUUAAUGUAGGCUGAAAGCAAACUGGAUAUGUUGUAUGUAAGCUGAAAGUAAACUGGAUAUUGUGUAUGUAAGAAGAAACCAAACUGGCUACGGUGUAUGUAAGCUGAAACCAAACUGGCUAUGGUGUAUGUAACCUGAAAACAAACUGGCUAUGGUGUAUGUAAGCUGAAAACAAACUGGCUAUGGUGUAUGUAAGCUGAAAACAAACUGGCUAUGGUGUAUGUAACCUGAACACAAACUGGCUAUGGUGUAUGUAACCUGAAAACAAACUGGCUAUGGUGUAUGUAAGCUGAACACAAACUGGCUAUGGUGUAUGCAAACUGAAAACAAACUGGUUAUGGUGUAUGUAAGCUGAAAACAAACUGGUUAUGGUGUGUGUAAGCUGAAACAAAACUGGUUAUGGUGUAUGUAAGCUGAAAACAAACUGGUUAUGGUGUGUGUAAGCUGGAACAAAACUGGUUAUGUUGUAUUUAAGCUGAAAACAAACUGGCUAUGGUGUAUGUACGCUGAAAACAAACUGAGUAUGGUGUAUGUAAGCUGAACAGAAACUGGUAUUUGUAUUUUUGAUAAAUAUACUUGUUUGCGAUUGGCAAUCAAUUCAAUUUUAACUUUUGAUUACAAGUGAAUGUUAUAUUACAUAUUCAUGACAAUUGAUGUGUGGCGUACAAAUGCUAUUUUGUCUACUCUACAUUGUUUUGUGUACACAUAUUAAAAUUGACCUGACAAUUAUCACUUACCAUUUAAAACAGUUCCAUCCCAUCCCCCACAUAUCUGAC